GACCUGCGCUCAGUUCCGACUUGAUCGCGAGAUUGUGUAGAAGAGAGCGGAGUUGUGUUCGCGCGAAGACUCUUGCGCCGUCGCGACCUACCGGCGGGAAACCACUCUUGAACCCCAUCUUUGUCGUCCCCGGGGCGGGAAGAAGCAGAAUAAGACGAAGAAGCUGUGAGUGUGGUGGGGAAAAAAAGUGCGCGCGAUCAGGAGGAGGAAGAAGAAGGAGCAAUAGAAGAUUCCUUCCCUGGUUGUUGGAUGUGGUUGAGUUUUUUUGUAAAGUGUGAUCAAGUGACGGAUUUUUUUUUACGCAAAGUGUGGCCAUUCAACGAAACUAAUCCGGUUGUCUGUGGUGGAAGAGUGGAAGAAGUUGCGUUGUAGUACUCGAUCCAGGUGAAGAGAGGUCGAUUUGUGUGCAUUUUCUACGGCGAAGUGAUUGCUGUUAGACGGGAAGCACCUCGCACAGGUGGAAAGAAGAGGAAGAAACAGACGGAGAGAUAAAUUACAAUACGAAGGAAUUUGGUGAAAAAUCGCUGGAAUUGUUUUGGAGAGGAGGGCAAAAACCUAUUGCCAGUGACGGUGCUUUGACUGAUUUUUUUUUCUGUUUGCUUCGGGAUACUCUGCACUACUAAAAGGAAUCGAAAGCCCAGAAGGAUCGAGAGCGGGCCGCCGCGGCGCGGAGAGGAGUGCUGUGAAGGUGAAUCCAGAGCUGCCGCUGCUGCUGCAGUAGUAUCCAAAGAAGUGCGCGGUAGAGAAGAGAAGGCUCGUGUGAAAGAAGUGAAAAAAUGAUGUUGGAAAUUUUAGAGUUUUAAAAAAUACCUUCAAGAGUGAGUGAGAGAGAGAGGGAGAGCAGCGAAAGGAAAGGAAGAAGGAGCGAACGGAGUCGUCUCGUGGUGUGGUGUCAAGACGAGUCCACACGAUAAAGUGCAAAAGUGCUGCUAGCUGAGAAGAGACGCGACAAAGAAGCUUAGAGAGCAGCACGAUCGCGAAGACUGGUGGUGUGGUGUGUGCGUCCAAGUUCAACUCCAAGAGUCGUCGUCGGUCGUCGUUGCGUCGUGUAGUCUUUUCGGCGGUGUUCGCGUAUCUGCAGCUCGCAAUGAUUUUUAAUUUUAUUAAAUGAGAGCUGCGCGUUAGUGUGUCCAAGACAUGAAAUUGGAAUCGAGUUAAUCAUCAAAAUUAGCGUCAGAGUGGAGAGUGAUCGCGAUCGCGCGCGCGGGCGAUUCUAGUUUUGGCCACGUGCAGUGCACAGGAACACAUAGUCGAGAUCAGAAGUGCAAUGAGAAGCGAUCGAUCGUGAUGAUCGUGGCUAGGGAAAAGGUGAUGAUCGCACUCGAACGGCUAGGUCAACUACCUCCUCAAAGUGGCCGGGCACCAGCCAGAUUAUGACGACACACUAUCUGCGCGUUGGGUAGCAUAGAAGAAAAGAAGAAGAAAUUUGGUGCAACGAGUGCAAGAAGAAGCCAGAAGUGUGUGUGUUUAGUGUGUAUCGCCAGGAAUCGGUACAGAUUCGGGAAGAAAAUGCAGUGUGCCAGUUUGAAAAUCGCCUUUUGGUUGCUAGUCAUACUAGAGCUGUACGCCGCGAUAGAAGGCGUCGGCGCACAUGGACCUGGGCCAGGGCCGGGGCCUGGCGUUGUGAUAGGUGCCCGUCGAAGGUCCUCCAACGAUGGGGCGAUGCAGUCGCGUGCCGUUGACACGCGUGUUCAGUUCGAGAUUUACGAGGGCGAAGCUCGCGGAACAGUGGUGGGUUACAUCCCAACGAAACCAGGGUUCACGUACCGCUUUAACGAGCCCCCGCGGGAGUUUAUUCUCGACCCCAACACCGGUGAGAUCAAAACAAACGCCAUACUCGAUCGAGAGAUUACCAAAAACGAUCGGUACGAUCUGGUGAUCCUGUCGAGUCAACCCACGUACCCGAUCGAGGUGCGGAUAACGGUGAUCGACAUCAACGACAAUGCCCCCGAAUUCCCGGAACCGAGUAUAGCGGUGUCGUUUUCGGAAAGUGCCAUCUCCGGUACCCGGUUACUGCUGGACGCCGCCACCGAUAAGGACGUUGGCGAGAACAAGGUCACCGACGACUAUCGGAUCGUAGACGGUAAUCCGGACGAAAAGUUUCGCCUAGCGGUGACCACCAACCCCAGUGGAGACGUAUACUACCUCCACCUGGAGACUAUCGGAAAACUCGAUCGCGAAACACGUGGCUCGUACACGUUAAACAUUUCCGCCAAGGAUGGUGGAACUCCACCCAAAUUCGGUUACCUCCAGGUCAACGUAACGGUCCUGGACGUCAACGACAAUCCACCCAUCUUCGAUCACAGUGACUACAUCGUAUCGCUGAACGAAAGUGUCCUCCCAGGAACCCCAGUCCUCCAAGUGAUGGCAUCGGAUAACGAUCUAGGAGACAACAGCAAAAUAACCUACUACCUGUCGGACACGGAAACCCAGUUCACAGUUGACCCGGAAACGGGUGUCAUCUCAACAACCGAACAACUCACCUGCCCACACCAAAACUGCCAAUCCCUGUCCCGUCCGGACGGAACAUGUCCAAAAAGUUGCGUGUUUACGGUGUUCGCCAGAGAUCACGGUUCACCCCGACAGGACGGCAGAACCUACGUCACCGUGAACCUCGUAGACACCAACGAUCACGAUCCCGUGAUCCGGUUUCAGUACUUUCCACCCACGGGAAGUUACGCAACGGUCGAUGAAAACGCUGUCAACAGCUCGGUGGUCGCUGCCGUGUCCGUAGUCGACAUGGACGAAGGCCUCAACGGGGACACCAGCUUGAGGAUCAUCGCCGGCAACGAUCUGCAACAUUUUCGGCUGGAAAAGUCGCCCAGCUUCUACAUCGUCCGCGUAAACGGUGUACUCGAUCGCGAAGAAAUCGGCAAAUACAACCUGACCGUGGUUGCUGCCGAUCGAGGAACCCCGGCACGAACGGCGACAGCCCACUUGAUUAUCCACGUGAACGACGUCAACGAUCACGAGCCGGUGUUUGAAAAGUCAGAGUACUCCACCGUGCUGAGCGAGCUGGCUCCUCCGGGAACCUACGUGGCCAGUAUCACCGCCACCGAUGAAGAUACCGGCGUCAACGCGCAAAUUUUCUACGAUUUCGUGUCGGGAAAUAACAACCAGUGGUUCAAAAUCGAUCCGUCUUCGGGACUGAUCACAACCCAAGCACAACUCGAUCGUGAAGUCAACGGAAACAUCGAACUGAGCAUAUCGGCUCGCGACGGAGGUCCAAAUCCAAAAUGGGCGCACACCCAACUUAAGGUGACGAUUCUGGACGAAAACGAUGAAGCUCCUACGUUUGCGCAACCUCGGCUGAACAUCACGCUGAACGAAAACACCAAACCAAAAACGGUGGUAGCGGUGCUGACCGCGGUCGAUCACGAUCAAGGAACCAACGGAAGCAUAACCUACUCGAUGCAUCCGAGCGUGGAGAAAAACUAUCCGGGAAUAUUCCACCUGGACACAAUUUCCGGCCAGUUGACGACCAAGAGCAAUCUUGACCGAGAACGCGUAGCCAGCUACAAUAUCCAGGUGAUCGCACGCGAUCAAGGAACACCCCCACAAUCAUCCACCGCUACAGUACAGCUAACCAUUGAAGACUCCAACGACAACAACCCAGAAUUCUACCCCAAACAGUAUUUCCUCGCGCUUUCCGAGGACACCCCCGUAGGCCGAUCGAUCCUGCAGGUUCAGGCGACCGAUCGGGACGAGGGUGCGAACGCAGCCAUCUCGUACGAGAUCGUCAGCGGAGGCGAUGGAAUGUUCUCGAUUGACGCAGCCACCGGGCAGAUUAGCUUGAGGGGUAGCUUGAAGAAGUCCUCGAAGCCGCUGCACAAAAUUGUGGUUGCCGCCAAGGAUAAGGGCGGACGCCGUGCGGAGCGGGAUGCCGUGGUGGAGAUCAUCAAGGAAUCGAUCGUGGAGGACAUUGUGUUUGACACGUUGAGCGGGUACGAGUUUCAGCUGGUUGAGGAUAACAGUUUGGAAGCGGUGAAGAGCGAUCGGGAAGUUGGGCAAGUGAAGACAAAAUUGUCACCGUCGGUGCGGGAUGCUGAGUACUCGAUUCUGCAGGGUGAUCCGCGUGAGAAUUUCAAGAUUAAUGAGCGCAGUGGGAAGAUUAGCAGUGCGAAGCAUAUUGAUCGUGAAGCGGCAGCAUUUUAUAGCCUGACGGUUGUGGCUCGGAAUGGGUUGGCCUUUGGACAGACGACUGUGAAUAUUACGAUCAUUGAUUUGAACGAUAAUGCGCCGAUAUUUCUGCACGAUCACGAUGAGAUUAAUCUGCCGGAAAAUACUGCCGUUGGGCAGGAGAUUUACCUGUCCAAGGCGAAGGACUUGGAUUCGGGUGCGAAUAGUCGAAUAAGUUACAGUUUGAGUUACAAUCCGCAAGGUCUGUUCCGGAUAUCCGAGACUACGGGAGUGUUGUACUUGAACCGACCGGUUCUGGUAGAUCCGGGAACUACGCUAACGCUGGAGAUUACGGCAUCGGACAGUGGUGAUCCUCAGCUGUCGACGAAGAGUAGCGUCACUGUGACGAUUGAAGAUGUCAACGAUCAUACGCCCGUGUUCGAUCACACCUCGUACGAAACUUCGCUGCUAGAAUCGAUGCCGGUGAAUUCGAGAUUUUUUGCCCUGGCAGCAUCGGAUGCCGAUAUCGGAAUGAAUCAGCGCAUUUCGUACGCGAUCAUCGAAGGUAAUGUCGAUCGCAAGUUUGGGAUUUUCCCAGAUGGGUUUCUGUACGUGAAGAGUGCGCUGGAUCGCGAGGAGCGCGAUUAUUACUCGCUGACGAUUACCUGUACGGACGAGGGUGAUCCGGCGAGGAGUUCAUCGGUGCCGGUAAUUGUUCACGUGAUCGAUGAGAACGAUAAUCCGCCACAGUUUACCAACAGCACGUUCAUAUUUAGUGUGGCGGAGAAUGAGCCAGCGGAUACGUUCGUGGGCAAGCUGACGGCGGUGGAUCGUGACAUUGGCCGGAAUGCCGAGUUGAUCUAUAUGUUGUCGAGCAAGCAGGAUGAUUUCACCAUCGAUUCACGAAAUGGGUUCAUCAAGACAAUGCACGAGUUUGACCGAGAAGCGCUGGUGCGGACGACCGGCCAAAACUUUAUCAUGCUAGAGGCGACCGUUUCCGAUAAUGGGCUCAGCCGGUUGCGCGAUAAGGUAAAGAUUAAGGUGUUUAUAACCGAUGUGAAUGAUAAUGCACCGCAGUUCGUGCGAGCGCCUUAUAAGGUGCAGAUCUCGGAGGGAUCAUCGAUCGGGACCCAGCUGAUUCGGGUGUACACGAAUGACGCCGACGAGGGUCUCAAUGGGGACGUUUUCUACUACAUCGCCGAUGGAAACGGCGACGAGCGAUUCGUAAUUGAUGAUGCUACGGGCCAGAUAACGCUGGCAAAGGCCCUGGAUCGCGAAACGGUGUCAAUGUAUAAAUUAACAAUCGUGGCCCACGACGCUUCGAUGCAGAACCGAUUAAGCGCCAGCACGACCGUAACGAUCGAGGUACUGGACGAGAAUGACGAUGCGCCGGAGUUUACCCAAACGCACAGCCAAAUAUCGAUUAAUGAGACUACCCCGAUUGGGACGGAGUUGAUCCGGUUCCGGGCUACGGAUAUGGAUUUGGGGGUCAAUAGUCAAAUUACGUUCUCGAUCGCCGCCGGUAACCGGAGGGACACAUUCCACAUCGAUCCAACCAGUGGGUACUUGUACCUGCAUCGCUUGUUGGACUACGAGGACACGCAGAGUUACUCGCUGAACAUUACGGCGUCGGACGGGGGCAAUCCACGGCUGUCGACGACCAUACUGUUUAUGGUGAACGUAAUUGAUUCGAACGAUAAUCCGCCGAGUUUCCCGAACACGGCCAUAGUGCGACAGAUUCGCGAGGGGAUUCCACUGAAGACGCCGAUCGUGACGGUUACGGCCGAAGAUCCCGACUCUGGGUUGAACGGGAAGGUGACCUACGAGAUUGCCAGCCAAGAUCCGGAGAACCGGAAGCGGCACUUUGGUAUCAACCCGACAACGGGGGUGAUUCACACGUUGCACGCGAUCGAUCGUGAAGCGAUUGACACUUACCGGCUGACGGUGAUCGCGACCGAUCAAGCUCCGGUGCCGUCCCAGCGAAUGUCCGCGGAAAAGCUCGUUACGGUGAUAGUGGAAGACAUUAACGAUAACGCGCCGGUGUUUGUGUCGAUGAACGCGGCUAUUUUGCCGAUGAAAGACGUUCGAAUGGGCGUGGACAGCAGUCCGAACGCGAUCAUGUUCAUCAACGCGCACGACGCCGACUCUAGCUCGAAUGGGCUGGUAACGUACGAGAUGACCGGUGGCAAUACGGACCUGUUCAAGCUGCAUCGAUCAACGGGUGCCAUAACGUUGAGGAAGCCCAUUUCUAAGCCGGAAAUCCGCUAUCAGCUGUCGGUGAGGGCCACCGAUGAGGCGGUUCAGAACGAACGCAAGAGUAGUGACGCGUACAUAACGAUCCUCACGACCGUCCCGGCGAACAACAAUGGGCCAGUGUUUGUGAAGAAGGAACUGUUUGGUAGUGUGUCGGAGAACGAACCGAUCGGGACGAGCAUCCUGACGGUUUCGGCCUACCUGAACUCGGUCAGUGACAUCGAGUACUAUGUGACCAAUGUGACGGGGGAUGGGAAACAGGUGAAUCGGUUGUUCGACAUCGACACCAAGCUGGGAAUAUUGUCAACGGCAGCGGAACUGGACCGCGAGUCCGGCGUCGAAAGUUACGAGGUGGAAGUGUACGCGAUAGCCCUCGGAGGAAUGCCCCGAACGACCAGCACUAAGAUCCGGGUAAACGUGCUGGACAAGAACGAUAGCCCACCGACAUUUCGUGACGUUCCGCUGGUGUUUUCCGUGUCGGAGGAUUUAGCCGUUGGCCAGUUGGUGGCGCAAAUAACGGCCACCGAUCCGGACACGCUCGGCACGCUGGAGUACAGCCUGGUGAAAGGUACCACCGGCAACACCGGCAAGUUCCAGCUGGAAAAGGACACCGGCCGACUGCGACUUCGGGACACGCUGGACCGGGAAACCGAAGAUACCUAUCGGUUAGUGGUCAGCGUUACCGAUGGCGUCCAGAGCACCGAAACCACCAUCACCAUCCAGGUCACCGACACCAACGACAACCCGCCGACGUUCGCCGAGCCGGCGUACUCGUUCGACAUCCCGGAGAACGCGGCCCGCGGCUUCCAGGUGGGGGUCAUCGCGGCGACCGAUCCGGACCUCGGCGCGAACGCCGACGUCACCUACACCGUCAUCUCGGACUGGGCCAACGACGUGUUCUCGCUGAACCCGCAGACGGGGAUCUUCACGCUGACGGCGCGGUUGGAUUACGAGGAGGUACAGCACUACAUUCUGGUGGUGCAGGCCCAAGACAACGGCCACCCGAGCCUGUCCAGCACGCUGACCGUGUACUGCAACGUGAUCGAUCUCAACGACAAUGCCCCAAUUUUCGACCCGAUGAGCUACUCCAACGAAAUCUUCGAGAACGUGCCCAUCAGCACCGAUGUGGUCACGGUCAGUGCCACCGACACCGAUUCCGGAAUUAAUGGACGCAUCGAGUACAGCAUUACGUCCGGCGAUGACAACGAGGAUUUUCAAAUCCUGAGCAACGGAACGAUCCGCACGCGGCGAGCGCUGGACCGGGAGUCCAAAUCGAGCUACAGCCUGAUCGUGUCCGCCAGGGACUGCGCCAAGGAGCCCGAAAAGCAACUGUCAUCGACGGUUCAGGUAACGAUCGUGCUGAAGGACGUCAACGAUCUUGCGCCGGAAUUUGUGACGCCGAACGAGACUAGCGUCGCGGAGAACAUCCCGAUCAACACGGUCAUAAUGGCGAUCAAGGCCGUCGAUCGCGACGAAGGUCGCAACGGGUACGUCGAGUACCAGCUGGAUCCGGCCGUCCAGACUCCGUUUACAGUCGGAUCGGCCGACGGGUUGCUGCGGGUGUCCGGACGGCUCGAUCGUGAGACCAAGUCCAGCUACGAGCUCACCGUGACCGCGAAAGACCGUGGCGAACCGCCAAAGUCCAGCCAGUCCAAGAUUCGCAUCCACGUGCUCGACGAAAACGACAACAGUCCGAUAUUCGACCCGAAACAGUACAGCGCGGCGAUCGCCGAGAAUGCCAGCAUCGGUGCUAGCGUGCUGCAGGUCUCCGCCACCGACAUCGACGAGGGCGCCAACGGCCGGGUGCGGUUCUCGAUCGCGGCCGGCGACGACAACCGGGACUUUACCAUCAGCGAGGACAGCGGCGUCGUCCGCGUGGCCAAGAACCUGAACUACGAGCGCAAGUCGCACUACACGGUGACGGUCCGCGCCGAGGACUCCGCCAGCGACACCGAAAACGGUUCCGAGGUGCGCUUCGACACGGCCCGCCUCUCCAUCACCAUCACCGACAUCAACGACAACCCGCCGACGUUUCUCGACUCGCCCUACCUGGCGUACGUGAUGGAGAACGUCAUCCCACCGAACGGCGGAUACGUCAUUACGGUGCGGGCCUACGACGCCGAUACGCCACCGUUCAACUCGCAGGUCCGGUACUUCCUGAAGGAGGGCGACACGGACUUUUUCAAAAUCAACGCAUCGACCGGUGAAAUCUCGCUGCUGCGGGCGCUCGACCGGGAGAUGCAAGCCGAGUACAUCCUGACAUUAGUGGCCAUGGACACCGGAUCACCUCCCCUCACGGGAACCGGCACGGUUCGAGUCAUAGUCCAGGACAUGAACGACCACAGUCCAGAGUUCGAGCGACAGUCGUACCAAGCGACGGUUUCCGAAAAUCUACCCGCAGGAACCAAGGUCCUCCAACCCCUGGCCACCGACAAGGACUCCGGUCCGAACGCCAAGAUCCGGUACACCCUCCUGGGCGAACACUCAGACCGCUUUAACGUCGAUCAGGACAGCGGAGAAAUCACCACGGCCGUUCUACUCGAUCGUGAAGACAUCCCCCAGUACGCCUUCACCCUGAUGGCUCAGGACAGCUCAACAACCGAACCGCGAGCCACCGUUGUGAACCUCACUAUCGCCGUAUCCGACGUCAACGACAACAACCCAGCGUUCAGCUCGCCCAACUUCCACGUCAACAUCCCCGACCGAAUCAAGCGGAACCAGUUCGUGUUCGGUUCCAAAGCGAUCGACCUGGACGAGGGACUCAACUCCAAGAUACUGUACUCGAUCAGCGGUCCGGACGCGAACAAGUUCCACAUCAACGAGCACACCGGUGUGAUCGAGGCUUCCAUCGAGCUUUCACUCCCAGGACAAAACGCUGAUCGUGUAUUCAGCCUGAUCAUCGAAGCUCGCGAUCAAGGCUACGAACAAAAGUCAACCCGAAGUGAACUGACGAUCGCGCUCAAAUCCGCCCAUCUCUUCCCGGUGUUUUCGUACCUCUCGGAAACGCAGUUCACACUACCGGAAAACAUAGCGGACGGAAAGAUCGUGACCAAAAUAUCUGCAACGUCCCCGAAAAAGGGUCCAGCAGGAAACAUUCGGUACGCGAUAGCCGGUGGAAAUAUCGGUGAUGCCCUACGAAUCGAUCCCAACACCGGAGAGGUUGCCGUCAACAAGGGAGGACUGGACUACGAAAGCAACCAACAGUACGAGGUUUGGAUCGAAGCGGCCGACUCGGAUAGACCCAGUCUGCGAAGCGUAAUGCAGCUGAUCAUCAAUGUUACCGAUGCCAACGAUAACGCUCCCGUAAUGGAGAAGCAGGUUUAUAUGGCCGAAGUCAUGGAGGAAGAAUCCCCCGGAUUGUUCGUCACGAAAAUACAAGCCACGGACGUGGAUUCCGAAGAAAACGGACAAAUUACCUACAGCUUGAAGGACGACUUUGAUAGCUUCGAAAUCAACAGCGACACUGGAGAAAUCUACACCACCACACGACUCGAUCGCGAAGAUAUCCCUAAAUACGCUCUGAUUGUCGAAGCAGUUGAUCAAGGCGUACCCCAGCUAACCGGAGGUGCCACAGUCCUUGUGAAUGUGCUCGACAAAAAUGACAAUCCACCCAAGUUCACCCGACUCUUCAGUGUAAACGUAACCGAAAACGCUGAAAUUGGAAUCUUCGUCAUCAAGAUCACUUCAUCCGACUCAGACAUCGGUAUCAACGCAAACGCCACCUACAUCUUCACCGAAAACAUUGGAAACAAGUUCCUGAUCGACUCGACCACCGGCAACGUAACCGUAGCCGGACACCUUGAUCGUGAACAGCAGGACGAGUACAUCCUGAAAGUGGCUGCCGUCGACGGAGCGUGGCGAGCGGAAACCCCCCUCACAAUCACCAUCCAAGACCAGAACGACAACGCACCAGAGUUCGAGCACAGCUACUACAGUUUCAACUUCCCAGAGCUUCAAAAACAAGUAACCUUCGUCGGACAAGUGAUUGCCACCGAUCGCGACAAGCACGGUCCCAACUCGGUCAUCUCGUACUCUCUCCAACAACCCUCGGACAUGUUUUCGAUCGAUCCAGCGACCGGAGAAAUCUUCAGCAAGCGCACGAUCCACUACAAACACACCCAAAUGGAAUCCUCCCCCGAGAACAUGUUCAGUCUGACCGUCCUCGCAACGGACAACGGCAAACCUCCGAUGUACACCGAGUGUCUGAUCAACAUCAACGUCGUUGACGCCAACAACAACCCACCGGUGUUCGCUCAACGGGAGUACCUCGCACCUGCUCCGGAAGGAGCCAACGUCGGGCAGAAGAUCACCCAGCUGGUGGCUCGCGACGAGCUUGACUUUGGUGUCAACGCCGAGAUUGAGUACGUCAUUGCCGGCGGAAAUGGAACGAACCAUUUUGUCGUGAGCAAAAACGACGGCUGGAUAGUCGUUAGCAAUGCGCUAAACGAUAGCCCUGGAAAGGUGUACACGUUGAACGUGCAGGCCAUCGAUAAGGGAGUUCCACCCCAGCAGGACGAGAUCGUGGUGACCAUUGUGAUCACCGGGGUGAACAAGUUUGCUCCAGUGUUCCAGAGUCCGUCCUAUCAGGUGAUCGUGCCGGAGAACGAACCCAUCGGAUCUACGAUUUUGACGGUUAGCGCGCCUGAUAACGAUGAUGGUCCCAACGGAAUGGUCCGCUACUCAAUCCUGGGCGGUAACGAGAGGAAAGAGUUCACGGUUGAUAGCGUCACCGGUGCGAUAACGAUCCUGCAACCGCUGGACUACGACAUGAUUCAAACCUAUCAGCUCAACAUCACCGCUGAAGAUCUCGGAUUCAAGCCCAAGAAAUCGAUGGCAAUGAUCACGGUUACCUUGACCGACAUCAACGACAACGCACCCACCUUCAACCAAACGGAGUACGAUGCAUUCAUUCCGGAAAAUUCUCCACCAAACACGUUCGUGUACAAGGCGUACGCCAAGGAUCGCGAUUCGCCGAAAAAUGCCAUCAUCCACUACUCCAUCAUCGGAGGAACUGGACGGGAUCUGUUCUCGAUCGAAAGUACGACCGGUAUCAUCAAAUCGAAAGCCACCUUCGAUUACGAAGAGCAGAACAAGUACACGCUGGACGUGAUGGCGAUGAAUCCCGACUCACCCAUGAAGAACAAGACCAAGGUGAUCGUGCACGUGACCGGUGUAAACGAGUUCUAUCCCAAAUUCAUUCAACCCGUGUUCCACUUUGACGUAUCGGAGUCUGCGGAAGUUGGCUCAAGUGUGGGUUCUAUUCAAGCCACCGACAAGGACGCUGGAGAAGAUGGUAAGGUGUACUACCUGUUGGUUGGAUCGAGCAAUGAUAAGGGCUUCAGCAUACACCCGGAAUCUGGAGUGAUGGUAGUGUCGAGGAACUUGGAUCGCGAGACUCAGUCGAGAGUUGUGCUGACGGUUCUGGCGAAAAACUUUGGAGGUAUUCGAGGCAAUGAUACCGACGAAGCGCAAGUCAUCAUAUCGAUCCAGGAUGGGAAUGACCCACCAGAGUUUCUACUCGAUUAUUACGAGGCUAAUGUUUCGGAGGGUGCUCAAGUUGGGACUCGGAUCAUCAACGUAAAAGCAGUGGAUAAAGAUGUUCGACCGCAGAACAAUCAAUUUACCUAUUCCAUCAUCGGAGGAAACAAUGAUCAUUCGUUCAAGAUCGAUCCUCAGUCAGGUCAAAUUGAAACGUCGAGAAUGCUUGAUCGCGAAACAACCCCAACACACAAGCUCAUCCUCGGUGCCAUCGAUACCGGAACUCCACCACAGACGGGAACGACCACCGUGAAAAUAUCCGUUACGGACAUCAACGACAACGGUCCAACGUUUGACGCCAAGGACACGAUCGGAUCGGUGCUCGAGAACGAACCUCCAAACACGGUCAUCAUGACCCUUUCGGCGAGCGAUCCGGAUCUUCCACCGAACGGUGCGCCAUUCACGUACAGCUUGAUCGGAGGUCGCCACAAGUCGUUGGUAGUGCUGGAGAAACACUCCGGUGUGCUGAAAACGUCCCGCAGCAUCGAUCGCGAGACCACCCCAAAGUUGGAUCUGCUGGUGGAAGUGGAGGACAACGGAAAGCCAAAGAUGCGAACUCAACAUACGAUUACGGUGAACGUCGUGGAUCAGAACGAUAGUCCAUCGACGCCAAGGGUGGUCCAUGUGUUGGUGUAUGCAUUUAACAACCAAAUCAACGGGGAUAUUGCGAACGUACACCCGAAUGAUCCCGACACGACGGGUGACUAUCGUUGCAAGAUCUUGAGUGACGUUAACAAACGUCCAGUUAGUGCUUUCGCCAUUAGCACUGGUUGUAAACUCCGGUCAACAUCCGCCACUCCGAGCAAUGGUCAUACUUUCUUGGUGUCAGGAAAUGACGGUAGACAUGCGGACGUCGUAUCAACGGUCAGCGUGGAGUUUCUGCGAUUCGACAACGUUACCGUUGAGAACUCCAUUACGAUUAGAAUCGAGAACAUGACUAGCAGUCGGUUUUUGGCGAACUUUUACCGCAAUGUUGUGGACAUCUUGAAAUCAUCGAUUGACAACUCGGACGAACUGAUUGUCUACAGCUUCCUGGAUGAUGACAAGGCGAUGGACAUUACCGUUGCGGUCGCAAGCGGUGCGAAGGGAUUCCGAUCAAAGCAGUACGUCGUCGAGCGGUUCAGCAAGAAGCAGGAUGCCAUCAACUCACUCAUUCCGAACUCGAAAAUCACCGUUGGAUUUAUCCCGUGUAACGCGAAUACCUGUGACAAUGGUGGAGUUUGCUCCGAAAGGAUAAAUGUGUACGAGGACUUUCAGAUCACGGAUAGCCAAUCGUUGGUGUUUACGUCUCCGCUGGUACGACACGACUUCCAUUGCAAGUGUUCCGACGGAUACACCGGCCAAAAGUGUGAUAAAAGGCAGGAUCCUUGUUCGCCGAAUCCAUGCCAAGCGGGUGGGCAGUGCCGUCGACAGGGUUACGAUUUCCAGUGUUCUUGUCCGGCAAAUCGAGAGGGAAAGUUCUGCCAGCUAGAACGAGGGGACAUCUGUUCCAGCUCGCCGUGCAAAAACGGUGGUUCCUGCAGGGAAAGUUCGGAUGGAUCGUCAUUCUUCUGCCUGUGCCGUCCCGGCUACCGGGGAAAUCAGUGUGAAGCUGUCGCCGACUCUUGCCGACCAAAUCCGUGCCUGCACGGUGGUCUGUGCGUCAGUUUGAAGCCCGGUUACAAGUGCAGCUGCGUUGACGGUCGAUACGGAAGACACUGUGAAAAGACCACCUUUGGAUUCAAGGAACUGUCGUACAUGGCGUUUCCUGCUCUAGAUUCAGCCACAAACGACAUUUCGGUGAUCUUCGCAACAACCAAACCGGAUGCGUUGCUGAUUUACAACUACGGCAUCCAAAGCGGAGGACGGUCGGACUUUGUUGCGAUGGAGGUCGUCAACGGUCGGGCGGUGUUUUCGUACGGAGGUGCCAGGACGGACAUCACUUCGCUGGUGGUUGGACAGGGCAGCUCGAGCAGCAACACCAUCUCCAACGGUCAGUGGCACAAGAUUACGGCGACACGCAACGGACGCGUCAUGUCGCUGAGCGUGUCCAAAUGUACCGAGAAUGGAGACUACUGCGAGGACUGCAAGCCGGGAGAUUCGAGCUGCUACGCGGACGAUACUGGUCCCACUGGAACGCUGAACUUCAACAAACACUUCCUACUGGUUGGCGGGUUGGCUUCUGCCGAUCCAGUGCUGGAGCGUCCCGGACAGGUCCAUUCGGAUGAUCUGGUGGGUUGUGUGCACAGCGUUUCCAUCAACGGAAGAGCGCUGAACCUGAGCAACCCAAUGAAAUCGUUUGGCGUUGAAUCAACCUGUCGAAGGAACAGCAAUGGUGGCCCGUGCAGCUUGGGACUUCCGGAUGAUCCGGCGCAGCCAGUUUGUGGACCAUUCGGGCAGUGCAUGGAUCGUUGGCAUACUGCCAUGUGCCGAUGUGGAGGUUCGAUACUGUCACCCGACUGUUUGAACUCGCUGGAGCACUAUUCGAUUGCUGACGGUGGCUUCAUUGAGUUUGAAAUAUCGGAGAAGCACAAGCGUAUGCAGCUGUUGGAAAACAUCUACAGCGGGAAGAACAUCUGGAGCUACGACGUAACCCGGAACAAACGCUACUCGAUCAAAACGGAAAACAUUUCCAGCUUGACCAUUGCAGAAGAUCCUCCAAAGUAUAUGAGUCUUGUGUUUAAGACGAACAAGCCCAACGGUUUGUUGAUCUACGCUGCUACCAACAAGCACUACACAUCGAUCGAGCUGAAGAACGGAAAGAUCUACUACAGCUCACAUCAGGCGUCGUAUGUCAAUAUCUCGGCGACAACACCGGAGAAUCUGGCUGAUGGUCAGUGGCAUAACAUUACACUGCAGGCACACAAUCGAAUUCUGCAAGUGAGUGUGGAUGGCAAGAACGUGAUUGAAGAUCUGGACUCUGCUGGUGUUCACGAUUUCCUCGAUCCGUAUUUGACGGUUCUGUCGAUUGGAAACGUGCGUCGUGAGCUCUUUGCGAAUGAAGUGAUGCCCGCAUUCUUCCAAGGAUGUUUGGCGAACUUUACGAUCAACAAUGAGAUUCAACCAUUCAACGGGUCCGGAAGCAUCUUCAAAAAGGUUAUCCACAGAGGAAAUGUUGUCCCGGGCUGCUUGCUAGCCGGGUUGGGAGCUGCUCAAGUUACCGAUCCACUGAGCAUUGGAAUCACGCUGGUCAUUGUGUUCUUUGUGGUGUUGCUGGUGGCAAUCUUUCUAUCGUUCCUGGUAUUUCGUCUGCGGAAACAGCACAAGGAGAAGAGUGGCGGACUCGGAGGUCCCCCUACAAUGCAUACCAAGCAGAACGGAGGAUCAACGCUUCUGAGUACGUCGCAGCUGGUAUCUUCUGGUGUGCACAACGACAUUGGAAGAGGUAUGCACGUGAACGAUCUGUCGGUAGUGGGGUAUCAUUCGGAUAACGCUGAUAUGCUGCGCGGGGUUGGUGGACAUCACUUGGUUGGCCCGGAGCUGAUUUCGAAAAAGUACAAAGAAAGAGACAUAAACAGUGGUGAGCCGCAGAGACCACAGCGUCCGGAUAUCAUAGAGCGAGAGGUGGUCAGCAAGAGUCCACCGCUGAGGGAGGAUCAUCAUCCUCCACUGCCUCCACCAAGUCAGUCGCAUCAUGCCCAUGAUCAUACGAAUCCUGUUGAUCUGGGUUCUGAGUAUCCAGAGCAUUACGACUUGGAGAACGCCAGCUCGAUCGCUCCGUCGGACAUCGAUAUCGUUUACCACUACAAGGGAUACCGCGAGGCAGGUGGAGUUCGCAAGUACAAAGCUACUCCGCCACCUGUGGCUACCUAUACGCACCACAAGCACCAAACAUCCGCCCAGCAGCAGCAUCGACACUCUCCGCACCAUGCAGGUCCGUACGCUCCGAGAGUGCCACCGCAAGCUAGUCAACCACCUCCUUCAAACACACCUCGACCACAUCAGACAACUCCACUGGCACGACUAUCGCCCAGUUCCGAGCUCAGCUCUCAACAGCCUCGUAUUCUAACGCUGCACGACAUUUCGGGGAAGCCGCUGCAGAGUGCCCUUUUAGCGACCACUUCAAGUUCCGGAGGCGUCGGUAAGGACGCUCUGCACAGCAACAGCGAGCGAAGUCUCAACAGUCCGGUGAUGAGCCAGCUGUCCGGACAGAGUUCGAGUGCUAGUCGAAAGAACCCGGGGGUUCCACAGCAACCACAGAACGUCAACUCUGUGGUGCCGGGACCGAUGGGACUGACAGCGGAGGAAAUCGAGCGACUAAAUUCGCGUCCAAGGACGUCGAGUCUGGUUUCGACUCUGGAUGCGGUCAGCAGUAGUAGUGAAGCUCCACGAGUCACGGCUCCUCAUCUGACGCACAUGCAUCACUCACCCGCGGUUGAUGCGCACAGCUCAACGUCUACGGACGAGAGUGGCAACGAUAGUUUCACCUGUUCGGAGAUCGAGUACGACAACAACAGCAUGAACGGCGACAACAAGUACAGCAAGAGUCGUGACGAGGGCAACCGACGGGGAGUCAACGACAACAACAACAGCAACAAGCCCCCGCACAUGCCUCCGUCUUCGUACGACGGGUUCGACUCUUCGUUCCGGGGAUCGCUGAGCACGCUGGUCGCUUCGGACGACGAUCUGUCCACGCACAUGGUGGGAAUGUACCGCCAGCCAAACGGAGCGUCCCCCUCGGCCACCGGAUGGGACUACCUGCUCAACUGGGGACCCAAUUUCGAGAGCCUGAUGGGCGUGUUCAAGGACAUUGCCGAACUGCCGGACACUGUCAACGGGCGGGUGCCGACUUCGCUCCGGAUACCAGCCGGCGUGCAGAAGCCCUCCGAGGAGUACGUGUAGAAGCUGAAAUAGCAUGUAAAUACAAGCCGACUACUGAAUUUUAAUUAGACGAUUAGUUAGCAGAAAGGAAGGGACGACGAAGCGACGAAUACAACACUUGCCACAGUCAUUGUGUGUAAAUUUUUUGCAAUUGCCUUGUAUCAAGGUACAACCUCGAGUAUAGGAGAAAGGUGGAUGAGAGUUCUACUUUUGUUUUAAGAAACCGCGACUGAGAAUGUGUGUUUGUGUGUAAGAUAGAGAAGAAACCUAUGUGUAGUAAUAGCGCCAUCUACAGGAAAAACAAACAGUUCAUUUUAAGUAGAAGCAGAAGAAGAAAGAGCUACAACAUUUGUACGUAUAGCUUAAAGUGAAGGUCCUCCAAAUGUGCAUUUAUUACCAUGACUUUCAUGUUUCCUCUCUCCUUAAUCCGCGACAGCCGCGUGUGUGCAACCUUGCACACCCGGAAACAGAUUCAGUGCUAUGUUUUUCAUUUUAGUGUGUAGAAAAUGUGGCGGAGUUGUAAAAUGUAAAUAGAAGGAAGAAAUCAACUGGGAUCACGAGGGAGAGAAAAUUGUUGUAAACCAUCUUGCCAUAUGCUUUUAAACACAAACAAUCCUACAUCCAUGUGAAUGGCUGAGCAACCCCUGAGCUGUUGCAAUAAUUUCGUCCCUUAGAAGUAGAACAUUUUUAAAGAUACAAUUCAGUAACACAAUAUUCGCAAAACAUGACUUCCAAAUGAGACUGUUUUUAACUUGUAAUAGAUCGAAUAAGUUUUAGUCACUAAGUUUUAACCUGUAGGCUAACUUGUUUUUAAAUAAACAAAUUGAGUAAUUCAAAAUUCAUUUGUACAAAUACGGAUAACGAUUCUUUUAGGCGUACAACUCGGCAAUUAAACAAUUUGUACAUACUCUAGUAACAAAUCAACUGGAUUCUAGUGAAAUGAAAUUCUGUAAAUUUUAAACAAAAGCAGGAAAUAAAUGUUAACUAUAA